AUGUUUCUGUUGGUUUCCGUCCGCCAUGUUGGAGCACCCAGGUGAGCACCAGCAUGGCGUCUCCAUACAAAUCUCUGUAAGUUUGGGUAAAACAUUUCUUCGGAUAUCUCGUAUACGAAAUAUUCCUCUGACCUGAUUCUUCGCAAGGGGCUUUGUACAUGUACCUUCUUUCAUUUUCAAGAUUCUGGACUUUAUCUAUUGAACGAUUAUGAUUUUUAUUUUGAUCUAAUUUGAAUGGGGUGACACUGAAAACCAGCAAUAGGGAGUCGCAUAUAUAGGCUGCUAUUACAAAAGUGAUACGCACAUAAAAUGCGUAAGGCCGGUCAUCUUGUAACGGGUACCGGUUUCUUUUGAUGAUGUUGUUGGCCAGUAUGUUGCUUACGGCAGUGUUAUGUCAAUACUAGAGGGAUGGUACCUGGUUGUUCAGCCGGCGUGCCGCCUGGCUCUGAAAUGAGCCCUGCACGGGGGAUGGCCAUAACUUGAUCGCAGGCUAUAAAGGUCUAAUUGCAUUUUUUGCAGAUUUUCUACCCAUUUUCUUGGCAAUGGCCAAGUGGCUGUGUGCUCUACAGUUUACAUCUCUUUUGAUGCUAAAAGGUAGCCCAAAACCUUGUUUAGGUUAACCUCAGUAAAGUCAUAGAACUGUAAAAAAUAGCGGUUAUUGGUAAUAUAAACAUAAGCCUUGCAGUAAAGUUUUAUUCAUUAAAUUGCUAAUCCUGCCGGUCUCUCCAAGACCCGGCUUCACUGUGCCGCUGCUUGUCCAAGUUGUCCUUGCAAGAUUUUUUAGGGAGAAACGAACAGAGACCAGAGUACCGGGAGAAAAACCUUUCGCUGGGAGCAAGGGAGAAAACCAGUUGAUAACCAGCAACAAACUCAACCCACUUAUGGCGUCGAACCCAGGCCACAUGGGUGGCAGGCGAGUGCUCUCACCACUGCGCCACCCUUGGUCCCCAGCUCCGGUGGUUGGUAGAAUAUUAAGCAAUUUUGGAGUGAAAAAAAGGAGCAAAUGAACAAUUUUGCAAAAAAAAAAAAAGCCUGCCCUGAGCCUGCGACAAGUCAUACGCAGAAGAUUUCUUUAGUACUGCCGCGAAAGCUGAGACGAGGAUGAAAUUCAUGUACAAAUUCGUAUUCCUAAGCUAAGGUGUUUUGCUGUUAUAUAAGACAGGGUCGUUGGUAGAUAAGAUUAAAAAAAUAAUAAUUUUUAUUAAGUUGACAUUUUACUGUUUAUAGUUUUUAGUUCACCACCAUGUCACUUAGUAUCAAAAGGAAGUCAUGGAGUUAUCAGUUCCGAUUCCGCCAAAAACCAUCUAUCUUGCCGUUGGUUGAUCACGGUACCAGCUAACCACAAAGUACGUUUGAACUUUACACAAUUCCUGUUGGAUUCAUUCAGGAAUGACACUCAUAUUCAGAUUUUCAGUGGCAAGGAUGAGAGUAAUCCCUUGUUAGGAACCUUCUCUGGAAGUAGUGGUCAUUUCACUGUAGAGGCAAAUGGAAACAUCAUGAUGAUUAAAUUAACCAAGGGACGUAACAAUUCCCUUUGUGUCUUUAAGGGUGUUUUCUCAUCGAUUAAAUCAAAAGGUGAGCCAUAACGUAGGCAACAUCACACUAGUGGUGAAAUAACAAGGAAACUCUCACCAGUGAUGAUAUCACUCUAGAUCUUAUACUCUAUCUGCGUGACUGAAUCUCGCUUCAACGGAAGAGAACGUCAUUGUAGUCAAGGUCGUGGCCAUUGAUGCAACUGCUAUAUUUCUAACAAUGAAAAAAGAUAAUCAUUUCCCCUUUUUAAAGAAAAAGAACUGCCAUAUCAAGGUAGAAAAAGAAACUUUCGAGUACACCCGCCAACAGGUUUGCAUUGUUUUCGUAAAGAACACCAUACCCUCUACAUGGUAAAUUAAAAUACGAGGGACCAUUUUUACUUUUAGCUUGUUGUCUAUACUUAUAGAGCGUUUUCACAUGACGUCACGGCGGCCAUAUUGGUGUUCCAAAACAAUGAAACGGCCGCCAUGUUGGUGUACUAAGACAAUCCUGUGGGAGUUGCAUUCUUUUCUUAUGCAAACGCUUUCGUUUGUUCCAAUAAAUUUGCGUAGAGGCUGUCCUCGUGAGUGAAAACGCUCUAUACUCACACCGACAGAUUCAAAUCCAAGUAAAUUAUUCGACCAUCUAACUGUAGCGUGUGGUCUGAGCCAAGAUUUUCUGCAUCCAGGUUUUUGGGCGUGAUGUGACACCACAUUUCAUUAUUUCUUUUACAAUACAAACCGAAUCUCAAGGAAUAAAACUAUAUAAAAACAUUCAUAAGCAAGCUAAACUUUUUCAGGAAGUAAUGAAGCAGUGCGUGUAUACAAUAGCCAUAUACAGAUUGAAAACAGUGCAAACAUAUUCAAAACUAAGGUCAACGUGGUGUUCAUCAAUAUGAUCUUUUCAUUUUUCAAGUUUGUACUAACAAUACCACAUUACUUCAGUUCCUUCCUUAUGUCAGUUGUAUAGCAACCUUUAUAAACCUCUUUGCCAGCUUUCAUGUUACGAUUCAGUCCUUCUUUGCUCCAUUCCUAUUUCACCAUUGCUUUAUGCGUUGUCAUUUACUUGUAGUAGUAAAAGAUUACCUUCCACUCGUUCGCACGUUAGUGUACUGAGCAUUGCAUUUGAACUACUGAACUUACAAACUAUAAUUUUAAAUUGACAUCUCUGUUGUAUCCUGGCGCGCUUAAUCCUCGAUUCACUGUUUUUCCUCUGUCUCUAAAGGAAAGUUAAAAAUAUCGAUUAUAAGCCCAGAGGUGAAAACAGUACCAAAUUUCUUUGUAUGGUGCACAGCUGACGGCAAAAAACCCAUUCACAUGACCUUGGCACACUCCUCGACACCACUGGCCAGCGGCGUAGGACUCGUAUACGCUAAAAUAACACAGAGUGGAAAUUACACCUGCACAGCUAGAAACGAAAUUGGCAUGGUUUCAAGGGAUUUCGCAGUUGUUGUUAUUGGUAAGAAACACUAAAGAAACAAUAUUUCAUCUCAUGACACAAUUCAUUUGAGGAUGUAGAAUGCUUGUAUAAGGGAAAGAGCGAAAUCGAUUAACAGGUACGGCAAACUGUAUACAAGAAUAAGGGGUUUUUAAUCCUAAAAUUCCAAUCGAGAGAGAGAUACACAAGGCGUGAAGACAUAUUAAAGCAUUCUCAGCACACCAUAACCCUCCCUGGUUGAAACAAAACCCGCAACUUCGUUCUCGUGGUUCAUUCCUUCUAGUCCCUGGACGAUUAGGAAAGAACGAGGGUAAUGAGGUUGCAAAUUCAACUUGCAAGAGUGACUACGAGAAUAGAUGACGGAUCCACUGCGCACGGUCAAACGCUUAAGGUGUUAUUUAUUUAUUUACUUACUUUUUUGUAAUUGGUGGGAUACCUUUUACCAGUAGUGUAAACAUGAGCAGACGUUUUCUCAAAGUAGUGAAUUUUUGUGGUCGAAAAACCUUCUCGCUAAAAGACAAUCAUGCUGGAAAAAUUGACCUUGACAAUGACACUAACUUCAGUUUUCAAACAUUCACAUUUGAGAAAGUUCAGUUUACUAACAUGGUAUUGGUAAUAUUUUAAACUUAGCCUUAGCUUGGAAGUCAUUAGACGGCGGAGAUCACAGAUGACCUUGCUUAAACUGUGAAAAAGGACAACAACUGACCAAGAGAACAUAUUUAACCUCAGCGUAGCCGUAAGGUCCUUAAAGCCUUGAAGAAAUAGAGGGUUGUAGAACAAGAGUUUUUUACUCCAAGAUUUGUUUUUGCUAUCUAAUUUACAGAUUGUGGGAAAAUAUGUUAUGAAGAUAGCGAUUUCACGUUUUUGGGGAAACCCUCGAAUACAUAUUACUGUAGAAGAAUGGGUUUGACAGCUCAAAGUUUGAAAUGCCUUCCGACAACAACUACAAUUUUGUAAGUUUUGUAAACACACUUAUACUGAUUUGAAUGCUCAAAAAAAGUAUCUAAGCGAGCGAGAAACAAACGGCUGUGCAAGGGCUGGGGAAAGGGGGUGGGGAAGUUUGUUAUUAUUUCUGAGCAGUCGUUCUUAGAGUCCUGGAUGGCUUUUUCUAGUAAUGCUAGCUAAUUAAUUUAAAACUUUUCGAUGCAGACAGGCUACUACAUUUUUGUGUCAUAAUUAUUGUAGCUGAUUCACUGCCUCUGGGCGAGGUGCACCAUGAUCUAGUAAAGGAGCAGAUUUUUGUUGAUAACUAGAUACAUCUUCCUCGGUCUAACUGGUCAAACCAAACCUCAGAAGGUGUCGCAUUUUAAAAUCACGAGAUAGAAUAAAUCUUCAGCGUAAUUAGUAAGUGCUUGUGUCAUGUCUCAUUCUGUCACUACUUCCAUUGGGUUACAUGUGGCGCACGGACGGUCGGGCAGGUGGUAGUUCAUAGAGCAGGGGCACCCAACGACAAUUUUUGGAAAAUGUCUGUUUGGAAGACGAUUUGGGAUCUAGAAUUUUCCGAACAUUUGUUGUAAAUUUCUUGCUUGCCUGCCUCUCCUAGGAUUUCCGAACAUCUAAAAAAUGGUAUAAUUGCCCAUUUUUAACGGAUUUUUACCCUAAAAUGGUCACCUAGAAUUUUCGGGAGCCUUUUUUUUUGGCUGAAACUUUCGAAAAGGUAAGUUUUGAUCCCUAUAAUUUUCGCAUCACUAGACUUUCAGCUGAGAAAUCCGAACACAUGAAAAAUUAUUAGGGGAUAAAAAUAUACCUAUAUCUACCGUUUAAAUACUAAAAUACGUUCAACAAUGCUAUGUUUAAGUGGAUUUGAACUAUAUUCUCGUUGGGUGCCCCUGAUAGAGUACAUUAACCAUACAUGAAAUCAACUAUUUGCAUUUAGGUUGUUAAAUAGCCAGUGACAAUGGUCAAGGGAUUUAAUCCUCAACCCAUUCAUUCGCUUCGCUUCUUCAGGAAUCUUGCAUAUAACAAAAUCGCUGACCUUCCGGCAGAUGUUUUUUACCAGUUGACCAGCCUGAAGGAACUGUAAGUUUUCCUUUAAAAGAAAACUUCCAAAG